UGCAAUAUCAAACGUCUUUAACAUAAGUCUUUGCAAAUAAAGGGCGACUACAAGUGUACCUGUCGUCUCUGACGUCAGAACUGCCUUAUUUGUCACUGAGCUAUCAUUGGUUUGUGUAGGCCCAUCGUUUCUUCUGCAGUGGCCAUAUUUGUUGAUGUGUCACAUUAGAGUGACUUGUUGGUGAUCAGCUGGUCAAACACUGAGCUCCAAGUUCACCCUUACAACCGCUUUGCCUCCGGAAAUACACCAUGGCUUUUCGGAUUUGAUCUGAACAAGGGAGGGACCACUGAGCAGACAGGUCCUGCAGAUCCACAGAUUCACAGAUAAUGGAAGUAUCAGAGGCUAAUUCAGAGUCAGAGGUGUCACGCUCAGCAGGGCAGCUUCACAACAGUGCAUCGAACGUUGAGGAGGAGGAGCACAUUUAUCUCAGUAGUGCAAUUGAGGAAGAAACAUGCAGGAAGGUAGAAGAUGAAUUACUCAAGACUACAACAGAUGCUGAGGCUGAUACGUGCAGCAAUGCAGAGCAGAAAGCUCAGACAUGUAGCCAGGAGGAUCGAAAUGGGAGGGAGCCACCUUCUGAUACCAGAUGUAAGAGCAGUGUAGUUUCAUUUGGAAGUGACGGAUCGUCAGAGAGUCUUUUAAAUGAAGCUGCUGCUGAGUUGGAAAACCCUGUCCUCCCACAAACUGUAGAAGAAAGCUCUUCUGCUGUCUCUGAGGGAACCUCAUUCAGUGUUGAGACUGCUAUUCAGAACAGUGAUGAGCAGCCACCACUCCAGGUUAGUGGUUGUUCCUCAGAGCCUUCACCUGUGGUCAACAGUGACCCAGCAGAGAGUCCAGUAACGUAUUCUGUCCAAAGCACUUCCAAAAACUCACUUUCUGACUCUACAACAACCUCUGGGAUCUCUAACGGCCCGUCCAGCCCGAGCUCUGACACCGUCAGCUUCUCGCCUGCUUCCAGCCCACAAGCCAGUGCCAACAACUUGGUCCCCUUGCAUUCCUCAUCCAGCCCCUACGACACCGACUGCAGCCGAAAGCUUAUUUCCCAGAUCCAGCGCUCACUGUCGCAGGAGUCCCUCCUGGAUGAGCUGGAAUCAGAACUGCUGGCUUGUCAGCUGCCUGAAGGUGAAAGUGCCGGACAGAGGAAAGGAAGCCCACCUGUGAACGGACUCCCCGCCGACCAGGAAGACUGCAUGGUGGUGUUUGAGAAGUGUGUGCAGUACAAAUAUGCUCAACAGGAGAAAGCUAUUCAGAAGUUGCUCGAGGAGAACAAGAGGCACCAGGAGCUGAUUCUCGGUAUCUGCUCAGAAAAAGACAGCAUGAAGGAAGAACUGAAGAAGAGGGCUGAAACAGAAAAGCAACACAUGGCCUCCAUUAAAAAGUUGGAGGGCAGGGUGGAGGAGCUGCUGAAAGAACUAAAGGAGUCGCGGGAUAAACUAAUCCACCAGGAACACACAGCUAAGGCCGCCCUGCAGCACAUGCAGAGGGAGACGACUUACCGAAUAGAACAGGUAAACAAGAAGUGUGAUGAGGCGCGUCAAGAGAAGGAGACCAUGGUGAUGAAAUACGUGCGGGGGGAGAAAGAAGCCCUCGACCUGAGACGGGAUAAGGAGGGUUUGGAGAAGAGGUUGAGGGAAGCUGUCAAGGAAGUGGACCGUCAAGCUCUCCGAGGAAACCAGCUCGCUCAGGAGAAAGGAAGACUGCAACAGCUGUAUGAUGUUAAGGAAGGUGAUGUUGGCAGGUUGACACGAGAGGUGGAAAAAUUGAAGGAGGAGAUCAACUCCCAUCUCAUCAAAGUCAAAUGGGCCCAGAACAAACUAAAGAGUGAAGCAGAUGCUCAUAAGGAAACUAAAGACAAACUGAGAGAGACCACGUCCAAGCUGGCUCAAGCUAAAGAGGAGACCGAACAGAUCCGCAAGAACUGCCAGGACAUGAUCCGAACAUACCAGGAAUCAGAGGAGCUCAGGUCCAAUGAGCUGGAUGCUAAACUGAAAGAGACCAAAGGAGAACUGGAAAAACACAAACAGGAGCAAACAGACCAGUUAGAGGUACACCGCGUAAAGGCCAAAGAGCUGGAGGACCUGAAGAGGAGUUACAAAGAAAGCAUGGAUGAGCUUGACACUCUUCGCACCAAGUUAAAGUGUCUCGAGGACGAGCGUCCACGAUGGGAGGAUGAGCUGUCCAAAUACAGAGAGAUUAUAAACCGGCAGAAAGCUGAGAUUGGCCGCCAGAGAGAGAAGCUAGAAGAGGUCACUGCACUUCAGGAGCAGCGACAGCGUGAUGAACAGGAGAUUGCAUCUCUCCGAGAGGAAGUGGAUGGCCUGAACAGUCAGAUGGCUGACCUGCAACGGGACGUUCAGGGCAGCAGGGAGCGUGAAGCUGAGUUACUGGGCUUUACCGAGAAGCUGAGCAGCAAGAACGCCCAGCUACAGUCGGAGAGCAACUCGCUGCAGUCUCAGGUGGAUCAGCUCACGGGCAGAUCCACCGAGCUCCAAGAAAAAGUAGAGGACACCAGCAGACUGCUUGAGGACAAGUCACGGCAGCUGAAACAGGAGGAGGCGCUGAGGCAGCAGGAGGUGCAGGGUCUGCAGGAGGAGCGGGGGGAACUGCAGGGGGAGGUGGCCCAGCUGAAAACCAGAGUAGAGGAGCUGAGGGAUGAGCUGGUCACUCAGAAGAGGAAGCAGGCGGCCAAUAUUAAGGACCUCACCAAACAACUGAUGCAAGCCCGUAAAAAGCUGGAGCACGGUGAGAAUGGAGGAUGUGAUGCCAGCAGUAUGGGCAGUCGCUCCAGUUCUUCAGGUACUGCCUUGAGAUUUGGCUCCUUGAAUGCACGCCAUAGUGGGAACAGUGUUGAAGAGCGGUCAGCAGAGAGUCAGUCGGGCCCUUCUGUGGUGGUUGUGGACAGCUUCCCAGAGGUGGACAAGGCUGUGCUUGUGGAGCGUAUAGUACGUUUGCAAAAAGCCCUGGCACGGAAGCAGGAAAAAAUCGAGUUCAUGGAGGAUCAUAUCAAGCAGCUGGUGGAAGAGAUCCGCAAAAAGACAAAGAUUAUCCAGAGCUAUGUGCUCCGAGAGGAGUCAGGGGCCCUCUCAACCGAGGCGUCGGACAUUAACAAGGCCCACCUCAGCCGACGGGGGGGCAUCAUGGCCUCGCUUUACACCUCCCACCCGGCGGACAGCGGGCUGACCCUGGACCUAUCGCUGGAGAUUAACAGGAAGCUGCAGGCCGUGUUGGAAGACACGCUGCUGAAGAACAUCACGCUGAAGGAGAAUCUGCAGACGCUGGGCGCUGAGAUUGAAAAGCUUAUAAAGCAGCAGAGGGAUCCCGAUGACGGAGUCCGGAGGAAGUGACGGGAGCACGCCACAGAAAAGAGGAGGCCAAGGACCAAAACCGUACCCUGUGAGGAAGUUCAAACCUUCUCUUGCAUAUGAAGGAGCAAAUGCUGUGUUCAAAGUGGGACGUGAGACCUCUCGACCUCUUUCUGUCCGGCUUGAAGGAAACGUACAAGUUUUUUUUUGUUUUUUUGUUUUCCUUCUGAUGCAAGAAUUCCUCUUUUGCCUCACGUGUCUCUCCCGCUGCCAAAAUAACUUUUUUGGACCAGUUUCUUCAGACUGCCUUGGCAAACACUGACCCUGGAUGCCAUUGUGAUGAAUGUUUCUGCAAGAUGUACCUUUAAAAAAUAUCCUAAUACUUUGAAUUUGCCAGUGAAUUCAUCCUAUAAAAAGAUGAUUGGAAGGAUUUAAGAAAGAAUAAAAAGGUAAGCUCACUGAAAGAAUCACGGCCAGCAAACUCUUUCCGCCCGUCCGCUGAAGCCCCUGAGACAGCUGUCAGUGAAGGACCGCACCCCCCCCUCAGUGCCAAACGGAGCAGCCCCGGGCUCGAUGGGACCUCGUGUGCCACUGUUUAGUUUAUUUAGUUUAAUUUAAGUGAAAUUGUUUUUGCUAUGCACAGCACUUGAAACGGAGCUGAUCAGACCAGCAGCAUCUCUCCAGCCGACUCUCCCAUCCGUGGAGACGGAGGUGCUCAACUUCCGGAAGCAUCUCUGUGAUGUUCCCAACAGCUAACAGCACAACGCCAUCAGGGUGGAGGUGUCCGGCCCCUGAGCUGCGUUACGUUUGAAGAAAAUGUAUGAGAGCUGAUGCUUAAAUCAUGAAGGCUGAAAUGUGGAGAUUGUCUUUAGUUCUGUUGAAAUGAAUGUAAUUAAUUUUUU